UUCAGACUCGUCAGGAACUUAUCACUUAUCUCAUGUAUUUUGUGGUAAUCUAUUGAAGUAGAUGGUUCGCAUGUUUCGAAUGGUUCUUAUCAAAAUGCAACACUUGUGAAAAUUUCAGAAGUGAGAAAAAACAAGUAAAUCUUGCGAACAUGAGGGGUGCAUUAUAUGCAUCUGUUUUUAUCUCGUUUAUACAUUUGUUUUUUUCCGUUACAUGUGUACCUCAGAAUGAUUAUUUUGAUGAAGAAUUGUUGUUAAAACCCUUGCCCAGUGGUCAUGUGUUUGCGUAUUUUCAGUUUACAACAAUAUGGGAUCUUGAAUCUGAAGCCACUUUCUAUCAACAUUAUCAUCUCUUCCCACGGGCUCUUGGAGAAAUUGUAGGUUGGUACAAUGUUCAAGAACUUCACAUCAGUCUCACUGCAGGGCUUUGGAGGUAUGAACACUGGGGCUAUCCUGUGCAUGAUGCAGCACCUGGAGCAGAAAUGUGGGCCUGGUUUAAAGAAGACACCAAAAACGUUGAUACAACGUGGAGAGAACUGGCAGGUGCUCUGUCAGGAUUGCUUUGUGCUUCCUUGAAUUCCAUUGAUGCAUCAAACAGUUUGAAUCCUGAGUUCACUUUCCAGCUACCUGGACGUGUAUCCAGUAGAGCUGUAAAUUCAUCAUACUUGCGUUAUGCAACUCUUCCAAGAGAAAUUGUCUGUACUGAAAAUUUGACACCAUGGAAGAAGCUUCUUCCUUGUGAUGCUAAGAAAGGCCUGUCAACAUUGCUGAAUGCUGGUCAUAUUUACAACACCAAUUACCAUUCUCUGGGUAUUCAUUUACGACCAGUGUGCAGGGACUCUAACUGUUCUCAGAUAUCAGUUGAGUUACGGCAGACACUGUCCCUGGUAUAUGAUAUGGUGAUACUGGGAAUAGGAAAUCAGGAUUUUUCCAUAAAGAAACUUUUUGGAAUUGGUUUGAGUGGUGCUUGCCCUCUUGCUACGAUGAGCAAUAUUUACAUUGACACUACUUUGAAUGAGACAGGAGCUUCUUUUAAGCUGAGUCCACCUCCACCUGCAGUAAUUGCCAGUAGUCGUGGUGGCUAUGAAAGCAAGUUUGCUGUUUAUGAUGUAAAAGCACUGGGCAUUGAUGGCAUGUUCAAUAUUGCAGCAUUUUACAGUUCCCCAAGAGUUCAUGGAGUUAAUCUUCCACCAGUAUUGUAUGCUAACAGAUACAUUAUUGGCUAUGGCCAAGAAUAUGGAGGAAUUGUUACUAAAGUAUACAAUGGACUUUGGAAACCACUGGAUGUUGUAUAUUUGGAAAAUAUUCCAUGGUUUAUACCUCUGUACCUUCAUACCCUCAAGAUUGUAGCAAAUGGAAAGGAAAUCAAACCAUUGUUGAAGAGGUACAUACCUGGAAAAGCACGGACUCGACCAUACUAUCUUGAGGUUGCUUUGAGACUUCCAGCUAGAUCCACAACUGAGAUUUAUAUUGAGUUUGAUUAUGUUUUCCUGAAGUGGCAAGAGUAUCCUCCAGAUGCUAAUCAUGGCUUCUACAUUGGUGCAGCUAUAAUCACAGCCCUCCUGCCAGUUGGGAGAAACUACACAGGAUUGCCACAAGAUGGCAGCACUAUAUCAUCGAGUUUUAAUGCAUCUAGAGAUGGCUACUUGGUACAGAUCAGGACUGAAACACUGAUUAUUACUAUGCCUACACCAGACUUCAGCAUGCCGUACAAUGUCAUUUGCUUAGCCUGUACUGUGGUUGCUCUGGCAUUUGGGCCGCUUCACAACAUGACCACUAAAAGGUUACGACUGAAAGAUGAAGGAGGACAGAAUCACCUUAUUAGUUUGUUAAAAUCUGCAUUUAAAAGAUCAUCUGAAAAGAAAGAAAAACGAAGUUGAAGCCCUGAUGAUGGAGAUGGAGCUGAUUGUCAUAGCGAGUCUAUUAGGGGCUGCCGAAUCAGAGGGGUGUCACUUGCAUCAAUGUGGUGUACUCUGUUUAUCCACACGUAGUCAUCACCUUUCAUUGUGAAUGUUAUUAAAUUCUGUGAUAGUGAUGUCACAUCCAUUUGUUAACCUGACACCCAAAAUUGCUUGUUGCUAGCAAAGGUGAUCACUUCCAACAUGCCUGUAAACCAGUGGUUAUCAACCUGCAGCCUGCUGAUUUGUAUGUGUAAACUUUAGUAAUGUUGUAUUACUCCGUAUAAUGAAAAUGCAAUUAUUCCAAAAUUAAAUCAAUUUAUGUGAAUAAUUAAUUUACUUCUGUACAGUGGAAGCAUAACAGUUGGAUCCACACAGCCUCAUCCAAAGCAGCACAACUGUUAACAAUGUUCACAUCAGGAUAUAAAUAUAGGAAUGAAACAUCAUGUCUUUGAAGAACAUAAAUUACAGAGCAUGAAAGACAAAGUAUUCAGGAAAACACUUAAGUCUAAGAAGGAUGAAGUAACUUAGUAAUUAAGAAUAUUACAUAUGAAGAUACUGUGACUUUAGCAGGUCACCUAUUUCUAUGAAAUAGUGAUAUCCAGGAGGCCAUGAUGGGUUGGGUAUGUGGUUAUGACCUAGGAGGACAUUACUGUGGAUCUUCUGAUGUGAAGUAAAUGGAACCAACUUCAUUUAUGUGUUUUGGUAUCAGCAGUGUAGAAUCUUUGUAUUCUGUAACCGUAGUGUUCAUUACAGAAUUAAUCUUGAUAAGUGAACUUCAUUAACCUUCUGGAGGAAAAGCUCAUUUGAACAAGACUGGAAAGGUGUAAUCUGUACUGGAAUACACAAAAUAUCCAGCUGUGUUAUUUCACUUUUGCAUUCUGAAUGCACCUUGCUGAAAUGAAAAAAAUAUAUAUAUACCAUAUUUUACUUAUACCAGACAUAGUGUUGCUAUAUCAUCCACAUAAGCAUAGCAAUAUAUUUCAGAAGAUGUAAAAAUACAAGCAUAUCCUUUUAAUAUAUAUUAUUUAUCCAUGAA